AUGGGUGAAUCCCAACAGAGCCGCGCUGUCGCCUCCCUCCCGGACGACCACACCGCCCACGACACCUGGAAGGGCGUCACGGUGAAGUGGACCUCCACCACGCGCCCCGUCGACCGCGGCGGCCAGGGCCCCUCCGGCGGUGGCGCCGUCCACCGCAGCCUCGAGCUCCAGUUCCUGCGUCAGCACCGCGACUUCGUGCACGACAGCUACAUCCCCCACGUCAUCGACGAGGCCACCAGGAUGCGGCUCACGUCGCGGGAGCGCAUGCUCUACACCAACGGCGAGGAGUACCAGCGCCUCUGGACCUCCCACGCAUUCUCCCACCCCUCCACGUUCGACACACUCGCCGUGGACACGGCGCUCCGCGAGGAGAUCCGUGCCGACCUGCUCCGCUUCGCGUCCCGGCGGGAUGACUACGCGCGCGUCGGCUGCGCGUGGAAGCGCGGGUACCUGCUUCACGGCCCUCCCAGCACCGGCAAGACCAGCCUCGUCGCGGCGAUCGCCAACCUCCUCAUGUUCGACGUCUACGACCUAGAGCUCACAACCGUGGCCACCAAGUCCCACCUCCGCCGCCUGCUCGUCUCCACCACUCCCAAGUCCGUCGUCGUAGUCGAGGACAUCGACUGCUCCCUCGACCUCUCCGACCGCAGGAAGAAGGGUGGCGGCAUCGUCGACGAAGACGACGACGACGACAACAAUGCCAAGAUGACGAUGCUGCCACCCGCGGCGAUUGGGCGGGAGUCCAUAAGCCUCUCCGGCCUUCUCAACUUUGUGGACGGGCUCUGGUCUUCCUGCGUCGGCGAGCGCCUCAUAAUCUUCACCACCAACCACCCGGAGCGGCUCGACCUGGCGCUGGUCCCCCCAGGCCGCAUGGGCCGCAAGAUCGAGCUCGGAUACUGCUCGCCCGCCGCGCUCCGCGUGCUCGCCAAGAACUACCUCGGAGUUGGCGAGGAUACCGACGACGAAGCAGUGAACGGCCUCAUGGCCCAGGCCGAGGGCCUGCUCGCCGCUGAUGACGACGUGCGCAUCACGCCCGCCGACAUCGGCGAGGUGUUCAUGGGAUGCGACGGCACGGGCGCCUCCGCCGCCUUGAGGAAGCUCGUCGGCGAGCUGCGCCGCAGGAGAGAUCACGCACCUGCCCCGGCCGUAGACGCGCUGCAGCCGAGUGCAUUGACAGCGGAGACGAUGUAG